AUGAUUGUUCCUAAGCUCUAGAAUGUUACUGAAAUAAUGGGUCUUGCUUAUAAUUUCAAUUUUCAAAUAUAAUUUAAUACAAAGUAUGUGCUUCCUAAAUAGGGUGUUAUUGGAACAACAGUUAGUGUAACUUAUUUAAUGGUCAAUGCUCUACUUUAUCAGGAAAGAAUUAAACUGAAUGUAUGUAAUAAAAUGUAUAUUGCGUUGGUAGUAAUUGAAUUAAUUGCAUUAUUGAAAAUCUUAAUAACUGUGAAGCAAAUACUUAAGAUUCAUCCUGUCUUACAUCUCUUGGAAGGGAUGGAGCAUGUUAUUGGAAUAAUUCAACCAAUAAAUGCAUGGCUGUCAAUUCUUGCCAUCAAUUACCAUAAUCUGCAUCCAAAAUAAGAUCUAUAUCUUGUUAUUGGGAUGCUACAUUAUGUUUAACUUUAACUUGUAGUAUUCUCUAUACUAAUAUCCAUAGUUCAAUAAAUGUACUUUUGUAAUGAAAUUAUCAUCCUAAAAUUAUAUUCAGGUAUGUCAAUUAUAAAAUAAUGUAUGUACAUAAAUAACUGAUGUGUUGAGUUUAUCUUAUCCUCAUAAAAUAAAACAGCAAUAUGGUUUCCAUAAUCUUCAAAUUAUGGAGGUUUUUGUUAUUCUUGUUCUGCUAAUACGAUUCCUACUUACAAUUUUCCAACAGGUUAAUAUUAUUAAUAUGCUUAUAUAAAAAAUUUUGUUAAACGGGUUAUUAAUUUAUUACAAAUUUAAGAAAUCAAAUCUACUCUUCUAUAUUUCAUAUAGAGCGAUUGUAAUAAUGCCACAAGUUAAUAUUGUGUUUGAAUAUAUAACAUAUGUACCCAAUAACCUUGUUCAUAAAUUUCUAGCAAUUAAGUUUGUACAUAAACAAUGA